AUGGGUGCCUGCAACUCCACUGGAUGCGGCUGUGAAAAGGGGCCCCCGCCGACGCUGAAUAUCGAGCCCGGAGAUGCGAAGGGCAGCUCUCCACGUCCGCUGGACGCCGGAGGUUCUGAGAAGACACCGGGAGGCCAAACGCUGAGCGGAGGGGCUGUCUACGAGGGCCAGUGGCGAGGUGAGGACAAGCACGGCCAGGGCAAGCUCAUCUUCGCUGAUGGCUCCAUGUACGAGGGCCAGUUCGACUCGGACCGAAAGCACGGCACCGGAAAGUACACCUACAGCAAUGGCUCUACCUAUGAGGGCCAGUGGAAGAUGGAGGUUCAGGACGGCCAUGGGGUGGAGAAGCUCGUGGACGGCAGCAUCUUCGAGGGCCAAUUCAAGAAUGGCGACAAGUGUGGCAAAGGCAAGUUCACCUGGAACACGGGCGGCAGCUACGAGGGAGACUUCGAUGCCAACGACAUGCACGGGGAGGGCCGGUACCAGUGGAGCGAUGGGCGCUCCUACACCGGCCAGUGGCGUCGGAACCACAUGGGACCCAGUGGCAGCAUGCAGUGGACGGACGGGCGCUGCUACGAGGGCCAGUUCCGUGAUGGCAAGAAGCACGGCGAGGGCAAACUCUCCUGGCCCGACGGCCGCUCUUACACAGGUCAGUGGGACAGCGGCAGGCAGCAUGGCGUCGGCAUCGCUGUGACCGCGAAAGGCCUUUCUCGAAAAUCCCAGUGGGAGCACGGCAACUUCGUCUGCUGGCUCGAGGAGCCGCCUGAGGUGACCGGUGAGACAGCCAAGACAUGA